GAUUGUCUACGAAUGACCUGAAAUCACGAGAAAGUGCUUUUCGGUUCAUUUUUGUAGAUGUUUUCUUCUCUUCAUUACUGAUCCCUAAACUAAAUAAUAUCGUCGUAUUUGUAUAAUAAUCGAUGAAGGAAUUACGGUGGAGGGGGAUCAGUGAAAACGAGGUGGACGAUAGAAUGAGACAGAUUGUGAAAGAGAGUAACAAACGGAAUUGAAGAAUUUAGUGAGAAAUACAAGAAGACCUGCGUCAUCAAUGAUUGAUUUCAUUGAUCAGCUGAUUGGACUCACUAAAUAUCGACGAAAAUUCUAAAAAUAUCAAAUGACAUUAGAACAACUGAAGAUUCGUUCCCAGUAUUGAUCAUCUUUUGAAGACUAAAAGAAAAUGUUGUACAGAUCAGAUGUAUGAAACUGUUUCCAUAAAUCUCUGGUAGAAUUCCUAUGAAACAUCUGAACUCACCUGAGAUUCUUUGCAAUAUUUCUGUACAUAACUGUGUGGAAUGUCUACAAAAUGAAUUUGGGUUACGUCAAUGUAGAUACAUUUACAAAAGCAUUGAUUAGACAAAGGUAACACUGAACAGAAAUGCAGCAGUAGAACUAUUUCUAGGGAAUAAACCACAAGAACAAAAUCAAAAAGUAUAUUUACUGAUUUGAGUGGGAAAAAUUAUGGAAAAAAGAGAGAAACCUGAGGAGCUGAGUUUAUCUGAACACAUGAUAAAAGAGAGCAGAAAAUUGACGUAUGACUGUGAUAUCUGUAAAAAGUCUUUCUGUGACAAAAGUCAUCUAACUAGGCAUAAACGUAUUCACACAGGAGAGAAGCCAUAUCACUGUGAAAUCUGCGGUAAAUCCUUCUCUCUCAGUAGUAACUUAACAAUACAUGUACGUAUUCAUACAGGAGAGAAGCCAUACGUCUGUAAUAUCUGUGGUAAAUCAUUCUCUGGAAGUAGUGACUUUACUAAACACAAACGUAUUCAUACAGGAGAGAAACCAUAUCACUGUGAUAUCUGUGGUAAAUCCUUCUCUCAAAAUAUUGACUUAAAUAAGCACAUUCGCAUUCAUACUGGGGAGAAGCCAUACCAUUGUGAUAUCUGUGGUAAAUCCUUCUCUCAAAGUACUGUGUUAAAUUCACACAAACGUAUUCAUACUGGGGAGAAACCACAUCAUUGUGAUAUCUGUGGUAACUCAUUCUCUCGAAAUUAUCACUUGACUACUCACAAACGUAUUCAUUCAGGAGAGAAGCCUUACUGUUGUGAUAUCUGUGGUAAAUCAUUCUCUGCAAGUAGUAACUUAAAUAAACACACGCGUACACAUACAGAAGAGAAGGCAUAUCAUUGUGAUAUCUGCAGUAAAUCAUUCUUUGUAAGUAGCCAGUUAACCAGACACAAACAUAUUCAUGCCGCUGAGAAACCAUUUCACUGUGAUAUCUGUGACAAAUCAUUCUCUGCAAAUAGUGACUUAACAAGACACAAAUUUGUUCAUACAGGAGAGAAACCAUAUCAUUGUGAUGUCUGUGGUAAAUCAUUCUCUGUAAGUAGUUACUUAGCUGAGCACAAAAGUUUUCAUACAGGUGACAAGCAAUAUCUCUGUGAUAUCUGUGGUAAAUCAUUUUACAAAUUUAGUACGUUAACUAGACACAUUCGUUGUCAUACAGGGGAGAAACCAUUUCACUGUGAUAUUUGUAGUAAAUCAUUCUCUGGAAGUAGCGACUUUACUAAACACAAACUUGUCACUUAUCUAGACACAAAUAUAUUCAUACUGGAGAGUAACCAUAUUGCUGUGGUAUCUGUGAUUUUGGUGAAAUCUACCAGCCACUUGAUCACCUACGAAUCUUAUGAGACAAGCCAGAUUGGCUACAUUCUCAACAGAAAUUGUCACUUAUCUGCACACAAACAUACCCAUACCAGAGAGGGGCCAUAUCGUUGUGAUAUCUGUGGUAAAUCAUUCUCUCAAAAUAGUAACCUGGUGGAUCACAAACGUAUUCAUACUGGAGAGAAACUAUACCCUUGCCACAUCUGUGGUAAAUCAUUCUCUAUGAGUAGUACCUUAGCUGCACACAAUCUCAGGGAUCUCAUCACUGACCCUCAUCCCGAUGCGACUUACGAGGUAGUCAUAUCUGAGGUUCUCCGACAGAACGCUAAAUCCGAGGAGUCUAAUUUUAAGCAGCUAAUGCAGGAUGAGGAACCGGGAGACAGGAAGCCGUCUCAAUUCUUGUGGCAUCUUUGUGAACUCAGCGACACGACUGAGGACAACUUGCUCUUAUGGAAGCUUUUCUUCUCUCAGCUACCUCCCAAUGUGCAAACCAUUUUAGCCACAGCGGUUGAUAUCAAUACCGUAGAUCAACUAGCUACCAUGGCUGAUAAAAUUUUAGAGUUCGCCUUCCAGCCAGCACCUUCACAUGUCUGCUCCGAAGUUUCCUCCACUGCAGCUUCCUCAUCACAUGAUGAUGAUAUAAGCAGUUCCAGCCAAUUAUCCUCAAAUUGUGCAUUUUUUGUAAAGGACCGCGUGUCUUAA